AUGGACUUAAAUGUGGAGAGCAUGCAGCAACAGCAGCAGCAACAAGGAGUAGAGCAUCUUCCGCGAUGGUCGUGGAAUCUCUACCCCGCGAACCGGAUUGAUGCUGCGCGGAUGGUAGUCCCACUCGGCUGUGUCUACGCACCAAUCGGGUCCUCGUGCAAGGAAGUUUACUACGAGCCAUUGCGCUGUGUGUGUGGUGGCAUCUUGAACCCGUAUUGUGUGAUUGACUUCCGGUCCAGGACAUGGGGAUGUCCUUUCUGUGAAACCAAAAAUAAUUUCCCACAACAGUAUGUCCACAUAUCGGACCAGAACUUACCAUUGGAGCUUGCAGGGUGGAACGAUACAGUAGAGUACGUGAGCAUUGUAAAGCGUGACCCACCAGUCUUUGUAUUUGUCUUGGACACCUGUGUAGACACAGAGAGUGAGCUUGAAGGGUUGAAGGAAUUUGCGUUGGAUGCCCUCAGCAAGCUCCCAGCUGAGGUGCGGAUUUGUCUUAUUACUUAUGGGACGACGGUGCAGAUUCACGAACUUAGCGGUGUGACGGAUUACCCGCGUUCUUUGGUGCUGCGUGGAAGCCAAGAGGUGACCGUGGAAACUCUCAAAAAAGUUAUGCCGGAACCAAAAUUUUUUGUGGGUGUCCUCUCGAAUGUGAAGUCUGUGGUGACUGUGAUUCUUGAGGAGCUGCAACAGGACGUAUGGCCUGUGCCCAAAUCCCACCGUCCGUUGCGAUGCACAGGCGCCGCCCUCUCCGCCGCCGCCAGUAUCCUCGAGAUUGUCUCACCAAACACAGGGUCGUGCAUUCUUGGCUUUAUUUCCGGUAUCUGCACGGAGGGACCAGGCAUUGUUGUGGAGACCACACGGGAAAGGUUUAUUCGGGGCCAUGCGGAUAUUCGAGACAGCACAGCUGCUGCAUCUUUUUGGGAGUCAUCUUGUACCUUUUAUGACUCUCUGAUGCAUAGGAUUGUUAAGCAGGGGCAUUCACUCAGUUGUUUCACUGCCUCACUGGAUCAGACGGGUAUAGCGGAAAUGAAACUCUGUAUUCAGGCCUCAGGAGGAGUUGUGUUAAACGACGAAUCAUGGCGAAAGGAACCUUUUCGUCAAUCGCUUCACCGCUUCUUUGAACGAAGGGAUGACGGCACGCUGAAGAUAGGACUAAACGUCACGAUGGAUGUCAUUACGUCAACGACGUGGAAAGUCAUGGGUGUGAUUGGGCAAUGUGUGGGCACAGGCAAGAAAUCGUCUUCUGUAGCCGAAUACGAAGUGGGAAUGGGUGGCACAUGUCAGUGGACGGCAUGUAUGAUGGAUUGUACAACUAAUUUUGCGAUCUAUUUUGACACAACAGCCGCCCACCCGUCGGAGGCGGCAAAGCGGUCGGUGCGAUAUGCUCAGUUUAUCACAAAGUAUGAAAUAGGGAACGAGGUGCGAACACGUGUGUGUACUGUGACGCAUCAGGCGCAAUGUACCACAAGCAUGCCCGAGUUAUCCGCCUCCUUUGAUCAGGAGACGGCGGCGGUGCUCUUGGCACGAGAAGCGCUGCAUAAGGCAGACACCACCCCAUUAUUUGAUGUUCUCCGAUGGUUAGAUCGAACGGUGGUGCGCCUCGUCAGCCGCUUUGGUGAUUAUGUGAAGGAUCAUCCUUCGACAUUGAAGCUACCACCGCAAUUUGUUUUUUUUCCAGCCUUCAUGUAUCACCUGCGAAGAUCGGCGUACCUGCAAGUAUUUAACUGCAGUCCUGAUGAAACGGCCACUCUGCGUCUGAUGCUUCUUAAGUCAUCCGUCCAGGAUUCUAUUAUUCAAAUUCAGCCCACACUGUACAGCUACCGCAUGGAUGCUCCGCCGCAGCCUGUACUUCUUGACAGUGCUGCUAUUCAGCCCGAUAACAUUCUUCUUCUUGAUACUUUUUUUGAGGUUCUUGUUCAUCUUGGCUCAACUAUUGCGGCGUGGCGAAGGGCGGGGUACGCUGAGCUAGAAGAGUAUGCCUAUUUCAAGGAGUUUUUGCAGGUCCCUGUAGCGGAUGCAGAGAUACUUGUGGCGGGCAGGUACCCCACCCCUCGGUUCAUCUACGUUUGUCAAGAUGACCCGGACGCACGCAUUCUUUACAAUAGAAUAAAUCCAAGCCGAUCGUAUGGAGGAGAAAAUGACCAAAAAUAUGGAACAAACGAAGGGGAGCUGGUGUACACAGACGAUGCAUCACUUGGAGUGUUCAUGGAACACUUGAAGAAGCUUGCGGUCUCUCAGUGA